UGGCGGAGGCGACGCGGUGGCCACGCGGGGCCGGGGGAGGAAGGCGAGCUGGCGCUGCAGGAAGGAAGGAAGGAAAAGGGGAGCCGCGCGCAGUCAGGAGGGCGGGCGAGUGUGCUGUGUGCAUGUGUGUGCAUGCGUGUGCGUGCGCGUGUGUGCCUGCAUGCUGAAGCUGCAGCCCCUCCAGCUGCCCACCCCAGAUUUAAAACAAACAAACCAAUCCAAAGUGGAGAAUUCCGCGCUCCAGCCCCACCCUAUAUAGACUCCACGCGUUGCCAGGCACGGGAGCAAAGCCCUGCUCUCCCUCCCUCGGAAAGGAUGCGCCAGCUGGGUGUCCGCAGUGCGGGGGACAAGUUCAGGUAAACGCACAGCGGCAUUGAUGAGUAGACCCUUGGAUUCAGAGGGCGGCUGAGUGAACCAUGCCUGCUCUCCUCGUUUGCUCCCGGAAGCUGUGACCCGCUCAUGCCGGAAGAUGGCACAUGGGAUCGCUUCCCAAGGCAAGGUGACCAUCACGGUGGACGAGUACAGCUCCAACCCCACCCAGGCCUUCACGCACUACAACAUUAACCAGAGCCGCUUCCAGCCACCCCAUGUCCAUAUGGUCGACCCCAUCCCAUAUGACACUCCAAAACCGGCGGGCCACACGCGAUUUGUCUGCAUCUCAGACACACACUCCAGAACAGAUGCUAUCCAGAUGCCUUACGGGGACAUCCUCCUCCACACGGGCGAUUUCACCGAGCUGGGACUGCCCUCAGAGGUUAAGAAGUUUAAUGACUGGUUAGGAAACCUGCCGUAUGAAUAUAAAAUAGUGAUUGCCGGGAACCAUGAACUGACAUUCGAUAAGGAAUUCAUGGCCGACCUUGUUAAGCAGGACUACUACCGUUUCCCCUCCGUGUCCAAAUUGAAACCAGAGGACUUUGACAAUGUUCAGUCCCUCCUGACGAACAGUAUUUACUUGCAAGAUUCGGAGGUCACAGUGAAGGGGUUCAGGAUAUACGGGGCACCUUGGACCCCGUGGUUUAACGGCUGGGGCUUUAACCUCCCGCGCGGCCAGUCCCUGCUGGACAAGUGGAACCUGGUUCCUGAGGGCGUGGACAUCCUCAUGACACAUGGACCUCCCUUGGGUUUUCGAGACUGGGUGCCGAAGGAGCUGCAGAGGGUGGGCUGCGUGGAACUCCUCAACACUGUGCAGAGGCGGGUCCGGCCCAAGCUACACGUCUUUGGGGGGAUUCACGAAGGUUACGGCAUCAUGACCGAUGGCUACACAACGUACAUCAACGCGUCCACGUGUACGGUCAGCUUCCAGCCGACCAAUCCUCCGAUCAUCUUUGACCUUCCCAACCCCCAGGGCUCCUGAACCUCCGGCCGCCCAGGACGAAUGUGCAGAAACCUCCACAGACUGCCAUGUUUCUCCUUAUAAACUCACAUUCUCUUACUUGUUUAUUUCCAAAUCCUGUGAUUUCUUUUUGUAAACUGUUGGAACGAACAAGAUGCUAGAGGUUGUGCUUCUUUCCCUUUUUCUCUUUUUAAUGGGACCUCCAUUUGAAACCAGAGAAGCAUUGUAAAUUUGUAAAAUGACUUCUGUUUUCUCAAAGGCCAUGCCAUUGUAAAUUGUUAGUGUUCGCCAAAGGACAGCCAAGCUUUCUUUUAAAAAGGUGAUGAAAGUCUUAUUUUAAUAUGCUUUAAGCUGGAAGAAAAAGGAAAAAAAAGGAACAGGUAGGCAGUGUUUUUAAAAUCACACAGAUUUGCACAACUUUAGAGUAUUGUUUGAAGUAUUUUAUUUUUUAACGUGUUGUUGCUGUUGUCACUGUUGUUCUCCUGAUAACGCUCCCUAUGGCAGUUCCAGCCCUAUUUAGAGCAACCUUCGCAGCGGAGUAGGCGGGAAGCCUUCCCACCCCGAAGCUCAGCUCGCGAAGGCUGUGGGGCCCAGGCCAAGGCGCCACCUUGUCGUCUGCAGGAUGGUGAGGCUGCUGAGCUCUGGUUCGUGGUCAUGCAAGGUCUCCGUGUCUGUUUGUUGCUUUUAAAUUAUUUUAGCUUUAAAAAUAUGGAAACAGAAUCUGUCAAGAGCAAGGACUUCAUGCAGUUGCUUUUUUAAAUGAGCGUGCAGACUCCUGUUCGACAUGGGUGUACAUAUAUAUAUAUAAGUAUUUUUUGUGUAUUAUGACUAAGUUAGGAGUUUAAUAUUGCCAAGAGCAGUACAAGGGUGCUGUCUAGAAGCCCAUCAGAGCCCCAAAGAACUGCUACGUCUCCUCCAAACUCAAGGUCUGAAAGAGCUUGAGUUAAAUCUAGGUACAGUGACAAGCGUGUACAGAUGUAAACGGAUGUGAAGGAAGCCAGUGGAUAAGGCUUAGUUGUCCUUUCUAUUUAAAUGCCCCGAUCGUCUUCUUGCUUCCCCGUCCCCUCCCAUUUUGCACUGUGUGUCGAUGCAAUCUUCACUAGCACAAAUUAUUGUCACUGAUAGUCAUUUCUGUUCUCCCAUUGUAAAUGCUGUUUGGGCUUUAUUCUAUUUUAUGUUAUCUCGACAUCUAGGAAAGCAGUUGUUUCUUUAAAUUUAUUGUGAUAUUCUAUAUCUAGCAGCCUUUAUAUGCAAAUAAAAUUGCAAGAUUUUUAAAUCCGUGCUGUUUGGAAGGCUGGCUGGCUGCAGGAUGCUGCUCUGCCCUGGGGAAGGGAGGGGAUCUGUUCCUGGGAGACACUGCUAGUCCCUUCCAAGGAAUCAUAGUGAGUCACGUUUUUAGAAAAUUCCAGUAAACGUUUUUACCCAGCAUUCGCCGGCCAGGCUGGCAGGAGGAUGGCUCGGGCGCUCCACGUGUCCUCCCUUCCUUCUCUCUGUCCCCGUAGUGCCUUAGAUUUCAGAGGCCGCAGACUCCCUCUGGGCCACCGUAAUGCCUGGAACAUAGCUCAGGCUGCGUGCAGGACAGGGAACCCUGACCCUGGAUUAGUCACCGCCCAUUCUCAUGGCCUGCACCUCCUCCCAGCACGACAGCCAGUGAGGUUCCCAUCAGUCUCCAUCCCUGUUUUCUGGGGGGAUAUUUUUGUU